AUGGUGGCCACAGACAACACGGAAGUAAACAACGUGGCUUUCGGAGACGAUGAGUACGGAAGGGAAACAGAAGGCCACCCCGUUGACCAAAUACAAACACUGAACGAGCGAGACGCCCACGACCAGUAUGCCUGGGAGGCAAUGGAUUACGGCGACGGCAUUCUCUCUGGCAUCCGCUCCAGAACACGCAGCCACACUGACCACACCGUCAUCGGCUGGGAGGUCGAUGACCCGGAUAAUCCUCACAACUGGUCGACGUCCCGCAAGACUUUUGCCGUCUUGAUCUGUGUCAUGCUCGUUCUCAACUCCACCAUGUCCUCUGCCCUCCCCAGCAUGGCCAUUCCCAACAUCACAGCCGAGUAUGGCGUCAAUGAAAGCACGCAGAGCGUUCUUCCAAUCAGUGUUUUUCUGAUUGGGUACAUAUUUGGCCCGCUCAUCUGGGGCCCUCUCACGGAGCAUUUCGGACGAAGAAAUCUCACCGUCGUGACUUUUGUAGUCUUUACGCUGUUCACAAUGGCUUGCGCCCUGGCGCCGAGCUGGGGGAGCUUCCUCGUGUUUAGGAUGGUCUGCGGUGUGUGUGCGGGCGCGCCAAUUGCCAUUGUAGCCGGCAUCCUGGCGGAUGUCUUCGGCGACUAUCGGACUCGCGGGAGGGCGUACGCAGUCUUCAUGGUGGCCACCGUCUGGGGACCGUUGCUCGCGCCCAUCAUCUCAGGUUACACGUCCACGACUAUCGGAUGGCACUGGGCGUUUUGGAUCGGCCUCAUCUUUGCCGGGUUCACACUGCUCAUCAUAGCCUGUCUGCCAGAGACAUUUGGGCCUAUCCUCCUUGCGCGAAGGGCGCAAAGGAUGCGCGAGGAGGAUCCCACGCAGCGCGUCGUGGCACCCCGUGAGCUCGAGGAAACGAGCCUCAGCCGGCUCCUGAGCGUCAUCAUCACCCGACCGAUCCGCAUGCUGGCCUCUGAGCUCAUCGUCACGGCCACGUGCGCAUACCUGGCGCUCGUGUACGCCAUCUUCUACAUGUCCUUCCAGGCUUUUCCCAUCAUCUUCCGCGACCUGUACGGCCUCAGCCCCGGCGAGACUGGUCUGACGUACCUCCUCAUUGGAGCAGGCGGCCUGAUCUCUCUUCCGGUCUUCUGGUACUGGGACGUUGCGCUGAUGAGGGCCCAGGAGCGAGGGUCUUGGUGGUCGAAGCGCGAAGAGUCGCGGCGCCUUCCGCUUGCUUGCCUGGGCGGCCCUCUCUUUGUCAUCUCCCUCUUCUGGCUGGGCUUCAGCGCAAAGAUGACCACGCCCUUCAUGACGCCUAUGCUCGCGGGCAUCCCGUUUGGCAUGGGAUACAUACUCAUCUUUAUGGCACUGCUGAACUACUUGACGGAUUCGUACGAGAUUUACGCCGCGUCCGCCAACGCAGCUGCUUCAUGUUGCCGGUCCGUCCUCGCCGUCGUCUUGCCGCUCGCGACGACACCCAUGUUUCGGCAGCUGGGGAUUACGGGGGCGUGCUCGCUGCUCGGGGGGCUGAGCGCCGUGAUGUGUGUGAUUCCCUUCAUUUUCAUCUGGCAGGGGCCGAUUAUUCGGGCCAGGUCGAGGUUUUGCAUCGCGUUGAGGGAGCAGAAGGAGGAGAUGCAGAGGAAAGCGGAUGCGCAGCGGGGAAGCGCGGCGAGGAGGGAGGACGCGAAGCAGGAGAGCGAGACGGUGGAGGUCUGA